GUUUCUAAGCCCCAGUGAUCAUCCACUCUACACUUUAUCAAAAAACAUUAGUUAUCGGCAUUUAUUAAUGCAUUUUGUGUUUUAUUAGUGCAAAACCUAAUGAAUUUCAAGUCCUUUUGAAUUUACAGUUCAUUUUAAAACACAUGAUAUUUAGUUUUUAAUAAGUUUUUAAAAAUUCCCAGAUUUUAUUAAGUUUUUCGUAUAAUUUUUGAGUCCAUUAUUAAUAUUAAUAGUGACAACGUGUUUAUGAGUAUUAUAUUAUUUUUGGGAUAAUUUAUAAUAAUUAUGUCUUCGGAGAGUCAGUCGUUCAAAGUCAUAGGAAUAGUAGGUUUCGGGCGAUUGGGUCAAUAUCUGGUGAACGAAAUUCAAACAAACGGCACAAAACUUGGCUUAAAGUUGGGGUUCGUAUGGAAUCGUACGAAAACGGAGGCCCUGUAUGACAGUGUCGGUGGAGAUAAGGGUCUCAUUUUGGAUGAGCUGACACAUGUUGACAGAUAUAAAGUGGAUCUGAUUGUCGAAAUUGGAUCUCCUUCUUGUUUGGCGGAUAAAGAGCUCGAAAAUAAACUCAUAAUCGCAUCCAAUAAAUCUGAAUCCAGUUUAUUCAUACCGACCGGUGCUCUAUGGGUAUUGGUUUAA